AAGUGGAUUUCAGACAACAAAGGUGAAGAGGGAAGUAAUUUGCGAAGUGAACCUUGUGACACAAGCGUGCUUUGUUCGCUCCGAUCUCGUUCAAAAUGUAAUAGAUUAACUUAUCUUGUUCGAAAGCUCGUGCACUUGGCGAAAAAAGAAUCGAAUUCCAGGAUGUUGAACUGUUUCAAAGACGGAGGGAACGUUCGAGCGGUUGUGGCUUGCUUGAAGCUGUCUCGCUCUUCAUAUUUUACGUCAAAUAUCUAUUAAGUAACCUGAAAAGUCAUCAUGACAGAUAAGGAAAAAGGGAAGGAAAGCUCUCAUAACUUGAUGGUUGCUGUUAGAGUAAGGCCUUUGAAUGGAGCCGAAGUCGAAGAUUCAAGCUGCACCGAAAUUGUGCAUGUUUUGGACGAAAACCUGGUGGUGUUGAAAGAUCCCAAUGAAGACCAAGAUGACAUUCUCAGAGCAAACAGAUCAAGAGAAAAGCAGUAUAUUUUUGAUUGUGCAUUUGGCCAAAAUUCAAAUCAGGCUGAUGUAUACAAGGAAGUAGCAAAACCUCUGAUUGAAAACGUCAUCUCAGGAUAUAAUGCUACAGUGUUUGCUUAUGGUGCAACAGGUGCAGGGAAAACAUUCACCAUGUUGGGUACUGACAGAGAGCCUGGUAUUAUGGCACGUGCCUUGAAUGAUCUUUUCAAUGCAAUGGACAGGACUAAAGAAGAUAUGAAAUACAAAGUGUCAAUGUCAUACUUGGAAAUCUAUAAUGAAAUGAUUCGCGAUUUGUUGAACCCAUCAUCUGGUUAUCUUGAACUGCGGGAAGACAGUAGAGGAGUCGUAGUGGCUGGUAUCUCAGAAGUUCAAGCCAAGAAAACAAGCGAGGUUAUGGAUUUGCUUAUGAUGGGAAACAAACAAAGAACAAGUGAACCUACUGCUGCCAACAAAACCUCUUCAAGAUCUCAUGCUAUCCUUCAGGUAACAGUCACUCAGAAGAGUCGUGUGAAGAACACUAUUGAUGAAUUCAAAGUGGGGAAACUUUUUAUGAUUGAUUUGGCUGGAUCUGAGAGGGCUGCGCAGACUAAGAAUCGUGGUAAGAGAAUGAUAGAAGGGGCACAUAUUAACCGUUCCUUACUUGCUUUGGGAAACUGCAUCAAUGCUCUGAGUGAAAAUCGAGGGCAUUAUGUCAACUAUAGAGAUAGCAAACUGACAAGACUUUUAAAGGAUUCUUUGGGUGGUAACUGUCGCACAGUCAUGAUUGCCCAUGCAAGUCCAGCAAGUGGAUCAUAUGAGGAAACUCGCAACACACUCCUGUAUGCAGAUAGGGCCAAGAACAUAAAAACUAAUGUGAAGCCAAAUCAGUUCAGCGUGUCCUACCACAUUGCACAGUACACCAACAUUAUUGCUGAUUUAAGAAAAGAAAUAUUUCGUCUCAAACUCAAAAUCUCUGAACAUGAUGCGGACAAAAGUAAUGAAAGUUCAAAGCAACAAAAAGGCAAGAAUCCGGAAGCGAUGAAUAAGUUGCGGGACCAACUCGUCAGUACGUUUAAAGAGCAGAUGGAUAUCAGGCGCAGAUUGAUAGAACUUGAGGACACUGCCAUGCAGAUCUCACUUGACAUGAACCGGUACAUGCUGGUGAUAGAUGAAUGGGAACAAGAGAAAGCCAGGAGAGGUGUGCGUAAAACUACCAGAAACUCAUCUGGGAAACCUAACGUUUCUGAGAUGAGGAACGACUUGGGAACUGCGGCUUCUUCCGAAAAUGAAAACAGAGUGAAAGGCGAUGGGUCAUUAGCAGAAGACAAAAACAUCCUCGGCGAAAACCUCCGCGAAGGGACAACACUGUCCAAUAUGGACACUGUGGAAGAUGUUGAAAGCAAAGACAUGGACACCGAAAAGGAUAAAAAGUCAGAAGCACGCCAAGGUGCAAAAAUCGCAGAGCCUGAAGAAGUAUCUUUUGCGCGAGAGGAAAUCACAACACUGAUUGCAGAGGAAAAACGCACGUCUAAUCUCAAAGUAGAUCUUCAGGAAAAGCUUCAGCAGACACGAAAGGAGGUUGAAGCUUUGGAAGAGCUCUUACCCAAGAAGAUAAGCAGCGAAGAGAAUCGAGAAAUCUUGGGUCUUCUGUGCAAGGUUCACGAGCUCGAAAUUACCAAUGCUGAGCUCCAGUCGAACUCGUUACUCAGGGAGAACUUGCUACGACAAAAGGACUUGGAGAUGAACAAGUAUGAUUCACGGCAACGGUUGUGUGAUGAAAUUAUUCAAAUGCAGAGAUCUGUUAUCAACGAUUCUGGAGCGCAGUGUUCUGCAGAGCUUGAAGCACUUUAUGAUGUGUACAUGGAGCAAUCAGCUGACUUUGAGCAACGCGAGAGCAAUUCAAGCGAGCAGAAGAACGGGGAAGGCUCUUUGAACACGUUACAAAAGGCUUCACUUCUUGCCGGAAUAAAUCGCCGAAUGAUGCCCUUAGCACGAGAGAAGUUAUUCACAUUCAGCAAGUUGUCGCCGCUGAGUGAGGAGACACCUUCUCGUCUGGUGUCACUUCAAAACUCACCCGUUAAGAUGUCACGUACCACACCUUCUGCUUGCACACAGAUUUCGGAUGACGUGUUCACACGGGAAAUCAGUUCUCCUCUAUCGUUGCCCACACCCAAGAAAACGAAAAAGCUUCUGAGCCAUACUGACGACGGUGAAAGCAUACGCAGUUCACCUACCGUGUCCUCCGUAAUGGAAGACUUGCACGAAGAGGUGGAGCUCGCUACCCCAGCCAGCCCUGUGUUUGCCCGAACGCGAAAAAUCGCUCAGAUCGCUGCACGCCGUCGAGGUGGCCCGGAUAAGAGUCCUAAAACUAGCAAUAACAGACUAGGAACUGGUAGAGAGCUCCCUACAAAGUCUAGUUCUGUCACGGACAUGCGCGUGCCUGAUCAAGCUCCCGAAAGUCAAAGUGUACAGAGGGACAAAAGACUCUCGGUCAAGGCUUCGCGAAGUAUGAGUGAUUUGUCUGUAAUUGACAAAAGAACAGGAGACGUUUCAUCUGAAGAGGCGCCACCAGCGGACAAACCGAAGGGGGCUGGGAGGAGCAAAAUAAAAAAUGCCCCUCAAAGGAAGCCCAAGAGGUUACGUUCCGCAUCGUUAGAUGAGUCUAAAGUUUUGAGAGUGAAACCUCGGCGCACUCGUAAAGAAGAGUUACAAGAGGCGGCAAGACAAAAAGUGGCCGCUGCAUUGGCGCAGUCAAAUACAAGGAGCAGAAUGUAUGGGGGACAUGGCACAGAAGGACGCAAAGCCAUCAGGACACGACAAGCCAGAGCAACGAGUCUCUCCAAGCCCAUCUCAGAUACAGAAAGUGGAAAAACAUCGGCGAAACCUUCUGUUUCUGCCGCCAGUAAUCCAUUAGAUGGAGAGGUGCAAACAUUCUGGACAAAUGUGACUCCGCCGUCUACUGUCCAUCAGCAUGGAGUUACUUAUGGUAAAGGGCAUACUAUCCAAAAGAGAUACCGUGCUCCUCCUGAGAUCAGUGGAACGGAUUCGAGCCAAUCCACUCCGAGGCUCAAACCAAGGAAAAAGCCGUCGAAUACUGGUACGAGAUCCGUCGACGAACUAUCAGUGAGUGGUAUCGCUGUGCGUCCCUCCAAACAGGCUGCAGGUGUGCGCAGAAGUUAAUUAUAGCUGCUACUGAAGGUCCUGUCCUAAAUGUUUCAAGAAAAGAACUUGUAGAAGUUAUAGUGGAUAUCACUACUCAGUAGACCUUCUACUUCCUUUUUCUAUGGCAGUUAGAUCUGAAAGCUCUUGAAGCUCAAAAUGAACGAGACUUCGAUGCACCCACAGAAGUUGCGUUACAAAAUGAGAAGACAGCGAUUUUCCUGUGAUGAAAUAUCGUUCGCUUAAUGGAACUGUACAGUGCAUUGACAAUAAGCAAGUUCAGGUUUUAUAAACACUGCAUAUUUAAUAUUGAAGACAAGGCAAGAGUGAUUUGUUCACAGUUUAUAUGUACAUAGCAGGAUCCGAUAUUUAUUCAUGCAGGUUUUAUUUUGGAUCCUGAAAAGGAAAUGUAAAGCUAUUUAUUAAUAUGUAUAGUUUGAUACUUUGUUAAAUACUGUACGUUUUUCACAGUUGUCAAUUAAAAUAAACUGAGUAGUUAAUAACC